AGUGCAAAACAUCAUCAAGCCAAAUGCGGCAGAACACUUCUUUUGAAGUGCACCCUUUAGAUACAAGAUUUUAAAAGCUCGUUACUUUCUAUCCAAAGAAGAAUGCUCCUUACUUUGCUCGAUUGUCUAGGAGGAGGAGCUUAAUCAACUACUAAUUCAUGCGUUACAGUGUUCAUUAUUAGAGCUGCUAAUAAGUCGAGCCAACCUUGAUCAAGACUCAAAAUGAGUUUGAGAAGCCUAGCUCCAAAUUGGACCAUAUGUGAAAAUUGUAACUUGAGUUUAGCUUCGUACGUAAGUUAGGUCAAUGAGCCAGACUCAAGGUUGGUUCUGACGAUAUGCAAGUGUGCUCAACGAACCAAAUUGGCAUACGUCUGAGCCCUCAACUAAAUCAACAAUAUUUUAAAGUCCUUAUGAUAUAUAAAAAAAUUAAUUAUUAUAACCAAUAAAUUUGUAAGUCAUUAAGCAAAUAACUCAUCAUAAAUUUGAUACAUACUUCCUUGUAUGUGUAAUUUAUCGAGUUCGUCCGCCAAUCCAUUAAUUAGAACAAGACCAACUCAAAUUCAACUAGUUAAUUUUUUUAUAGGAACCUUGAGGGGAUUUUAUUGAUUUCCAAUUCCAGUUACAUUGUCGAGUAAUAAUUGAUCAACUAAGAAGAUAGAGGGCAUGUCUACCCAGACAAUACUCUCAUUCUAGUGUGUCUCAGCAUGAGUCAUAAUGUGAACCGCUUCAUUACCCCGUACGAGUGACGUGCCUCAAUGAGCUUUGACCGCAACAAACCAGGUACCUUUUAAUGCUUCUGUAGAUAACUCCGUCUUCCAUGGCCACUUCAGCAGCAACCAACUUCUGGAUAAUUGUAAGACAGUCGGUCUUAGGAACCGGGUUUGCAAGUGGAACUGGAAGUCCAAUUUUACACCAAGUUCGACUAGUUAACAAAUGAGCAUGUUCGUGAGCUGCCUCAUUAAUUAACGAAUCGAGUGUCAAACGAGUUUCUUAGUAGUAGAGUAGACAUUUCAAUUUUUUUUCAACCGCCUUGUUCGGCCCAACAUAUCAUACCAACCAGCUACCCGUUGCAUGGGCCAAGGAAUAAAUGGGCUGGGUCCAGUAAAUCCCCAGCCAACUUUUACAGCUCCUCUGAGCCCAAGAGAGUUGCUAGAGUCACCGGGAGAAACGGCAACUUGUAAUCCGACAACCCCACCACCAGUGGGGCAAAACGUCAACGACGCUUUUUUGGUACGAAAACAGUCCGCGUCCCUGCAGCCAAUGAGGAUACGCUGGUGAAGUCACCGACCCAAUAAGAGCCCUCCACGUGGGAACGUCGACGUAGCUUCGCGCUUGAAGCCUCGGGACAAAAGCUUCGCCGUUUGGCCGUUGAAGUGUGUAGUUAGUGGUAAACAUUUUUCGCGAGUCAACCCUUCUCUGAGCUUCGAUCCUGGGUUCAUUCCUGUCGCUACCGGUCCUCUGAUAUUUCCGCAGCAGAAAGAUCGCGGAGAGGAUCACCGGAUCUUCGGUGUCCGGCGGCGGCAGAAUGGAGGCACACGGCGCCGGGUUACGCCGCGUGAUUCUGUUGGCGUUCUGCAUCGCCGGGAUCUGGGCGGCUUACAUAUACCAAGGAGUGCUUCAGGAGACUCUGUCCACCAAGCGCUUUGGUCCUGAUGGGGAGCGGUUUGAGCAUCUGGCGUUUCUUAAUCUGGCACAGAGUGUGGUCUGCUUGAUUUGGUCUUUCAUGAUGAUAAAGAUGUGGUCUAGUAGCAGCGGUGGUGGUGCGCCCUGGUGGUCAUACUGGAGCGCUGGCAUUACCAAUACGAUUGGCCCAGCUAUGGGAAUUGAAGCAUUGAAGUACAUCAGUUAUCCAGCUCAGGUUCUUGCAAAAUCAUCAAAAAUGAUUCCAGUUAUGUUCAUGGGGAGUCUAGUAUAUGGCAUAAGAUACACACUUCCAGAGUACUUGUGUUCUUUCCUCGUUGCAGGAGGUGUAUCUACAUUUGCACUUUUGAAGACUAGCUCAAAGACCAUUAGCAAGCUGGCUCAUCCAAAUGCACCUCUUGGGUAUGGACUUUGCUUCUUGAACCUUGCAUUUGAUGGAUUCACAAAUGCGACGCAGGAUUCGCUUACAGCAAGGUAUCCAAAGACCACCGCAUGGGACAUAAUGUUGGGGAUGAACUUGUGGGGUACCAUCUACAACAUGGUCUACAUGUUUGGUUGGCCAUACGGCAUGGGGUAUGACGCAGUCCAGUUCUGCAAGCAGCACCCAGAGGCCGCAUGGGAUAUCUUGUACUACUGCCUGUGUGGUGCAGUGGGCCAGAACUUCAUCUUUCUAACGAUAAGCCGAUUCGGAUCACUCGCUAACACCACCAUCACGACUACUCGCAAGUUCGUGAGCAUCGUGGUUUCGUCCGUACUAAGUGGCAACCCUCUUUCGACGAAGCAAUGGGGGUCGGUGGCCAUGGUCUUCUCUGGUCUAUCAUACCAGAUCUUUCUCAAGUGGAGGAAGUUGCAGAAAGUUCAGAAGAAGAGAAAGAACAAUUGAAGCAGUUAGACUUCUACAGUUUUGGAGAUACACCUUUUCUUUCCAAUUUCUUCUACCUUUUGUCAUCACUGCCCUGUUACAUUAUCAGUGUUAGUCUAGUGUCCGUGAAGUGUAGAACCAAAACUAGAUUACGGCCAAGUGUAACUGAAAUUGAAUACAUCUCAUUGAUACAGAGAAUUGAAGUUCUGAUAGCCUGUCGGUAAUGGUUUUGUUAUGAGGAAGAAGAUGCUUUUCACCAUCGCCAGUUAAAAAAGAGCUGUAGAAAGCCUGGCUACCACUUGGCCUUCCCCUUUUUGUGGUUGUUAUCAUAAAUUUGUUAUAGUGGGGACUUUUUCAACUUUAAAAAACCACCGAAAUGCCAAUAAGCCAUUGAUCAUUGCAAGUUGCAACUACCCUGGUAAUUAAGUGCAGAAUUUCAGACCAGGGCUAGUCCAAAACCGUUUGGUGAUUUAGAUUCGCUUUUAAACUUUAAAGUACGAUUUUGACUACAGUAAGGGAAAAUCAUCUAAAUAUAGAUAGAAGCGUUUUGAUAAACUUAAAAUGCAAAAACGUAAGUUUUCAAAGCAUGAUUUUGACUAUAUUAUUGACGAGCACAAACGCAUAAUUGCAGCUUACAUCUGCACGUGAUUGUAUACCCAAAUUAAGUUGAUGGUAUUUCUUAUAUGAAUUGAACUUGCAGCAAAGUACAUGUUUCCAUGUAUGAAGCAGGUGACCAGGAAGGAUAACUUGGUGGUUCAGAUAUCACAUCGUUCAAGUGUAAUAUAUGAAGGUCAAGACUAGAGAUAGUCAAAAUCGUCAACUUGGGGCGAAACCUUCUCUCGAGAAAGUAGAGAGAGGCCAAUCAAUGAGUAAAAGCUUUAAUUUGUAUGCGGUUCCCUCUCCCUCUUUGCUUUAGCUAUGCCAAAAUGAAUGAUUACACUUGUCCUCCACCAUCACCCACCACUAACAAGCCCUUCCUACAUAACAGAAUCCACAAGGACACUCUCUUCACUUCUCCUCCCACAGGCCUUUCCCAUAGAAGCAAAGCUCAGGAAUAAUGCAGAGAGAAGGAUGGGAGAGCAGAGAUUCUGGCCAAAGUGUUCUGCUUUUUAGUGACCAAAUCCCAUUUCUGUAGCACAAGAGGAGUAAGCUCUUUCUUCCAUCUUUCUCUUCAAGCAGAAGGACAAAGAUUCUGGUUUCAUGGGACACAAGAGAGCAAGGACAUGGAGAAAUGACCUCAGUCAGGUAAAUCGGUUGUAACAACUUACAUUUGAAUGUUUCGAUCUUCUUGUUCGUAAAGUGAGCCAUGUUGCAGUCUCAAUCUUCUUCCUGCUCUGAGUUUGAUUGCAGUAAAGAUAUAAUAUAUAAAAAAAAACUUUGUAAUGAGAAUUUUGAUGAAGAGAAGAAGAAGCAUGCACACCAAAACCAGGAAGACAUUUCCAUUUCCAAAUCCCACCAAGGUUCUAUUCUGUUACAUCAGAAUUCAGGUAAAGGAAGACCAACCAAAAAAGAAAAACGGGCAACUAAAAACUUAUUCUAUACCCUAUGCACACCAAAAACAACAAAUAGGAAUCCAAUCA